ACUCUCCCUAAAGCAUCUUAUAAAAGAGACGGACAAAAAUCUAAUGACAUAAUUUUUUUGUUUUCUUUAAAAAAGAGAAUUUCAGCGAUGUCAUACCAGACCGCUCGAACCGGACGGAACCGGCGCGAACUCAACGACGAGAACCGUCUAAAGUACGCCUUCGACGCCGGAUUCUCAUCCGGUGGUGGGCACCCUCACGAUAGUCCCCAAACUCCCGACUUCGACGCCGUCGACUCAGAUGAUCCUCCGAGUUCGGACCCGGAGAGCUUCAAUGGUAAGUCAACGAGUUUGAUCGGCCUGACGGCGAGCCUCCGCGUGCUAUCGGAUUCACUGAUGAGAAUGGAGCGAGCGGAGGUGGAGAUGGCCAAGACGAGAGAGGCUCUCCGGCUGCAAUCGGAGACACGGCGGCUCGAGUCGGAGGCCGAGAUGACGCAGAUGCUGCUGCGGACGGAAUUGCAGAUCGCCUCCCUCGUUUCGCGGCGGAAUCCGAGUCGGAAGAGGAAGCGAGUCGAAGAAGACCAGACAACAUCGCAACUUUCCCAAAGGGAAGGAUCUUUGCUCUUAAGUUUAAUCCAGUGCAAUUUGCUGUUUUAAAGCGUUUUAAAUACUAAUCUACCGGCAAGUUCAUCUAAUUCGGAUUCGGGCAAGUGCUUUGCAUACUGAGCCGCAAUUUCCUGACGAGUUGGCCGAUCCGGUAAACCGAAUGUGAUCAUCGAAUCAAACCGACUGAAAGAAUGUUGAAGAAGUUAUGAAUUAAGAACAGAAUCAUCUAGGAAUACACUCGUUUUCACACAAGCCAUAUAUU